AGUAGCCUAAUAUGCAAACAUGCAACACCAUCUUCAGUCUUGACCACUCAUAGCUCUUCCUCUCUUCCCCACACAGGAACCCCACCAGAAUGCCCUAAAUGUUAUCCGCCUGUGAGUUCACCAAUCACCUUAGCCGGCCGGAGCCGAGCAUUCCAAGAGUGCUGACCAUACUAUCUUUUGUAAUAGAGAAGUUGGUGGCUCGAAAUAAUGGUCUAGUAGACGACCUGACCCAACCACUGGAUGCUCUGAGCUGUGGCUCGGCUGCAAUCGGGAAGAGAUUGAACCCGUUUCACGGCGUGAGGGCUCCGAGUAUAAGCAUACCCAAGUACUUGGAGAGGCUGUACAAGUACACAGAUUGUAGCCCUUCAUGUUUUGUGGUAGCAUAUGUGUAUAUAGACAGACUGGUGCAUAAACACCCUGACUCGCUUGUGUUGUCCUUGAAUGUACAUAGGUUGCUGGUUACAAGCGUCAUGGUUGCUUCUAAGAUGCUAGAUGAUGUGCAUUAUAACAAUGCAUUUUAUGCCAAGGUUGGGGGAGUAAGCAAUGCUGAACUGAACAGACUAGAAGUGGAGUUUCUUUUCCUGCUGGAUUUUGGAGUCACAGUGAGUUCCAGAAUCUUUGAGAGUUAUUGCUUUCACUUGGAAAAAGAAAUGAUGCUGAAUGGGGCAUGCCAAACAAUAGAAAGGGCUCUAGUCCCCAUUACUGAUGUGGCUGAUGUGCCCGGAAUUACUGAAAAUACUCAGAGUUCCUCAUCAGUACCUCAUAAUCAUGGUUAACUCUCAUUUUCUGUUCCGUAAUCUAAUCAUUUAUUCAACAGGAAGCUUCCAUUUUUUUUCAAAAUUGAGUAUCAGAGAAAGGAAUUGAUUCUUGACGUACAUAUUGACUAUGAGUGCAUAUGAGAAAAUGCGCAAAGAAUAUAUGAAGUUCCAGAUUCAGAUUUCAGUUUCCUCGAGCACAAUUGUACAAGGCAAAGUGGCAAACCUUGGUUCUUUGGCUAGUUAGUAACUUAAUACUUAUGAGCAAAAAAAUUUGGUUCUCAAAUACCAACAGUUCGCUUAGUACCAUUAGGGUUUUGGUUCAGAUCACGAACCUUUCCCCGGGUAUGAAGUCGAAGAAGGUGAGAGCGAGUUUCAAUCACGUUAUCAUGGACCGGAAUUGGAGCUUUAAACUCACAUUGUUGCACUCUGUUACUUGAUUGAUUAAGUAUCCGAGAAGGGACUUGGGAUUGGUUCUCAAAUUCAGACCUAAGCUAAAUUGCACGUGUGAGGGCGUGUUAGAGAGUGAAUACAAAGGGAAUUUAGUUCCUCACAUAUUUUCAGAGAAUGUAAUCAAGUUGUAGAGCCUCUUGCUAAUUUUGAUUGUUCUUCUAAUGAUCUAGUUUGGUAAGGCUUUGCACCACCUUUUAUUUUAGAUCCGUGCAAUAGAAAUUAUUCAAAUUACUUGGGUUUUCCCAAUUUCCAUA